AUGAAGAAGCUUCCUAUUGGGGCAGAUAAGACUAAGCAGUAUUGGGGGAGACAUCCGGGUGCCCCGUCCUUCACUUUGCUCACUGGACAUAAAGGUUUCUCGAUAAAAAUUAAUAAAGGCUUCAAGACUGAUUACAAGCCGGAAGACUUUGCAGAAGUGGAGCGUAUCGACUACAACCCUAGUGACACACUGUCAGAGACUAAACCUGCAAUGUAUAUCCCGAGAGCACCUAAUAACCAAGCCUUUGACGCAUGGUUCUAUGAGCCCCAGUCGCCAGAACAUCGUACAGUGCUCAUUCAAGCAACUGUCCAGAUAGCUCCUUACGAAAUUAAAACUGGAGUGUUGGAUUGGUUUGGGUCAGAUGAACCUCUCAACCUUAUUGUUUUGUUGGAUGAUUAUAGUGGACACAGAAUAUUCACAUCAGGCUUGCCUACUGAGCAUGCAGAGGCGCCUAGAGCGUGUACGACGAAGAAUGGAUGGUUCCCGAGGAGAGAGAUGAAGCGCUGGCCGACUGUUCCCGUCGCGCCUAGGACGCCGACUUUUAACUUGCGCCCGUCGAGCAUGGUGGGUGCAGAAGAACCUGCUUGCAGGAUGGCGGUGACAGUGAGUGUAUGCGUGGGGUGA